UUUUGUUUAUUUUAGGCAGUAUCUAGCUGUAGUGUUUAAAGACAAACCCCUGGAAAUCUGGGAUGUCAGAACAUGCACUCUGCUCAGAGAAAUGUCAAAAAACUUCCCGGCAGUGACGGCUUUGGAAUGGUCACCUUCUCAUAACUUAAAAAGCUUGAGAAAGAAGCAGCUGGCAGCUCGUGAGGCCAUGGCUCGACAGACGGUUGCCUCAGAUACUGAAGUCAGCAGCGUAGAGUCCUCUGUUAUCAGUUUGUUACAGGAAGCUGAAAGUAAAUCUGAGCUGAGCCAGAACAUUUCUGCCAGGGAGCACUUUGUGCUUACGGAUAAUGAUGGACAGGUUUAUCAUCUCACAGUAGAAGGAAACUCAGUAAAAGACAGUGCAAGAAUUCCUCCUGAUGGAAGUAUGGGUAGUAUUACAUGUAUUGCCUGGAAAGGGGAUACUUUGGUUCUUGGAGAUGUUGAUGGGAACUUAAACUUCUGGGACUUGAAAGCUAGAGUAUCCAGGGGGAUCCCUACCCACCGAAGCUGGGUGAAAAAAAUCCGUUUUGCCCCAGGGAAAGGAAAUCAAAAGCUUAUUGCAGUGUACAAUGAUGGAGCAGAAGUUUGGGAUGCAAAAGAGAUACAAAUGGUGAGCAGUUUAAGAAGCGGCAGGAAUGUCACUUUCCGGAUCCUGGAUGUAGACUGGUGCACCUCAGACAAAGUCAUCUUGGCCUCGGAUGAUGGGUGCAUUAGAGUCCUCGAGAUGUCCAUGAAACCAUCAUGUUUCAAAAUGGAUGAACAAGACUUAGUAGAACCUGCAUGGUGUCCCUAUCUCCUUGUUCCAAGAGCUUCGCUAGCUUUAAAAGCAUUCUUACUGCAUCAGCCAUGGAAUGAGAAAUACUGUCUAGAUAUUUCACAUGUUGAUUAUCCAGAAAAUGAAAAUAUUAAAAACCUGAUGCAAGAGCAACUGAAUUCGUUGUCCAAUGACAUAAAGAAACUGCUGCUUGAUCCAGAGUUUACACUUUUGCAAAGAUGCCUUCUAGUUGCAAGACUGUAUGGGGAUGAAUCUGAACUGCAUUUCUGGACUCUUGCUGCCCACUAUUUACACAGCUUAUCCCAGGAAAAGCUCACAAAAACAACAGAUAUAGCCAUACUUCAGGAAAACUUGAUCAAUCCAUUGGAUAUAUGCUAUGACAUACUGUGUGAAAAUUAUUACUUCCAGAAAUUCCAACUUGAACGGGUAAAUCUCCAGGAGGUAAAGAGAUCCACAUAUGAUCACACCAAGAAAUGUGCUGACCAACUUAUUCUCUUAGGCCAGACAGACAGAGCAGUGCAACUUCUGCUAGAAACGAGCUCGGAGAAUGCACAUUACUACUGUGAUUCACUCAAAGCCUGCUUGGUCACAACUGUCACCUCCUCAGGUCCAUCUCAAAGUACUAUUAAACUGGUAGCCACCAACAUGAUAGCCAAUGGAAAGCUUGCAGAGGGUGUCCAGUUGCUGUGUCUGAUAGAUAAGGCUGCUGAUGCCUGUCGCUACUUGCAAACUUACGGCGAAUGGAAUUGCGCAGCAAGGGUUGCAAAAGUUCGCUUGAACUCGGAGGAGUGUGCUGAUGUGUUGAAGCGCUGGGUAGAUCACCUUUGCUCUCCACAAGUCAACCAGAAAUCCAAAGCCAUUCUCGUCCUCUUGUCACUUGGAUGCUUCACAAAAGUUGCAGAGAUGUUGCACAGUAUGAGGUACUUUGAUAGAGCAGCUUUAUUUGUUGAAGCUUGUCUGAAGUAUGGGGCAUUUGAAGUUAAUGAUGAUACAAAUAAACUGAUCCAUGCUGUGUUUGCAGAUUAUGCCAGGAGCUUGAAGAUCCUGGGCUUUAAACAGGGAGCUAUUCUCUUUGCUUCAAAAGCAGGAGAAACUGGUAAAGAUUUAUUAACUGAGCUUAAACAGCCUAAAGAGGGAGUGGCACAAGAGUAACAAUUCAUGCUAAAAGGAGAUUCCCUGUCAAACAGGGUGACAUCAAUCAGAUUGAGAGUCCACUAUCUGAAAGAUGAAUUUUCUCUUGAAUUUUCUAUAAUAGCUGAUAUAUUUGAUUUGAGCAAAAAUAG